UAGCUCCCCCAGCUCAAUCCCGUCCCCUCACCCCCACAGCAGCUUUCCCACGGCUCCCCUCCCCCCUCCUCCCGUGCCGCGGCUAUCUACCCUCCUAUAUACACACACCCCCGCCCACCCCACUGUCCCUCCUCCCUCUCCUCCUCCUCCCUUCUCACCACACCCAAUCGCCCGCUCGCUCCCUCGGCUCGGCGUCCAUCGAUCUCUCCUUCUACCCGAGCUGCUCCGUCGUCCGGACGGCUUCGUCGACCGCGUGCUUGCCAGAUCUGAAGUCAAAGGAGGAGAGGACGGACAUGCAGGGAGCGCCGGUGGACAGCCCGGGGCCGGCGGAGGCGGCUGCGCGGCCGAGCCGGUACGAGUCGCAGAAGCGUCGGGACUGGCACACGUUCGGGCAGUACCUGCGCAACCCCCGCCCGCCGCUGGAGCUCUCGCGGUGCAGCGGCGCCCACGUCCUCGAGUUCCUCAGGUACCUCGACCAGUUCGGCAAGACAAAGGUGCACGCCGCGGGCUGCCCCUUCUUCGGCCACCCUUCCCCGCCGGCGCCGUGCCCGUGCCCGCUCCGCCAGGCCUGGGGCAGCCUGGACGCGCUCGUCGGCCGCCUGCGCGCCGCCUUCGAGGAGCACGGCGGGCGGCCCGAGGCCAACCCGUUCGGCGCGCGCGCCGUCCGCCUCUACCUCCGCGAGGUGCGCGACUCCCAGGCGAAGGCCCGCGGCAUCGCCUACGAGAAGAAGCGCCGGAAGCGCCCGCCGCCGUCGUCGUCCCAGAAGGCGGCCAAGGCCGCCCCGUCCCCCCCCCCCCCCGCCUCUACCCAUGUAGCAGCGCCCCCCCCAGAGAGCGCGCCGGAGGUCCUCGUCGCGCGGGCCGUGCCGGCGCAGGGGCACUACUUCAUCCCGCACCCGCAGCACUACAUGCACGCGCAUUUCCUGAUGCCAGGCGGCCACGAGGCGGACGCCGCCGUCCCGAGCAGCUCCAGCGGCAACAGCAACGGCCACAGCAAUGGCCACAGCAGCGGCACCGGCGAUGAGAUGGCCAUGGCGAUGGCGGCGGCAGCGGAGGCGCACGCGGCGGGGUGCAUGCUGCCGCUCUCCGUGUUCAACUAGCGAGGUUUCCGGCUGCAUCCAUGGAUGCGAUCCUAGCAAAAGCAACGCAAGGUAGGGCUUAAGUAAGUUAAUUCGGAGGUCUAUAUAUCUAGCCGUAAUCUUGAUCGAUCAUCGGAACGAUGGAAGGAUGAGUGUCAUCGAUCGAUCGAUGAACGUACUAUUGUUCUUCUUACCAAACACUAUUCACCCUUUUGGCUACAUUUCCUGCUGGGAGCUAGUGGUGCUCCUCCUCCUUGCUACUGUAGGGUUUCUACUUUCUAGCAGCGUUCGUGCAGGCUUGGUUGAUUUGUGUAUGCAGAUAUAAUUAAUCCAAGGCUCGAUUGAAAUGUCAA